UUCUGAACAAUCUGACACAGUCUAUGGCCCAUUUUCUGCAAAAACUAACAUGAACAAGAUGCUUCUAUCUUUUGUUUAUAUGCUAACUUAAUCAUGCCGUUUUCUAAUUAAAUAUAAAACCUUCCACAAAAUUUAUUAUUAUCCUUUCACCAAAACUAAAGUCAAAAUACAAAUAACCAGUCAAAAUUAUUCAACAAUCAAAUUCAAAGCAUCUUUGAUUCAAUUUUUACAGAGAUGGUUUCAAAAGCAGUUAUAGUGUUACUCAUAGGUCUUCUAGGAAUGGUUUAUCAAGGAACUCAACUUCCUCCACCAAACAGCAAUGAUUCAGUUGGUGGUGAUGAAAACUGUGAUGUGGUUUCAUCAAGGAUUAAGCUCGGUGAUGGAAGGUACCUUGCUUAUAGAGAAAUGGGUGUUGCAAAGGAUAAAGCAAAACAUAGCAUCAUUGUUGUUCAUGGAUUUGGAAGUUCUAAAGAUAUGAAUUUUCCGGCGUCACAGGAACUAAUAGAUGAACUAGGAGUAUAUAUUCUGCAUUAUGAUCGAGCUGGUUAUGGACAAAGUGAUCCAAAUCCGAAACGCACACUGAAAAGUGAAGCACUUGACAUUGAAGAACUAGCUGAUCAGUUACAAAUAGGAUCAAAGUUUUAUGUGAUUGGAGUUUCAAUGGGAUCACAUGCUACCUGGAGUUGUCUCAACUAUAUCCCUAACAGGCUAGCUGGUGUGGCAAUGAUAGCACCAACCAUCAACUAUGAAUGGCCUUCCCUUCCAAAGAGUCUUGUAAGGGAUGAUUAUAGAAGGAAACUUAUCAAGAUAGCUAUGUGGCUUGCGAGGUAUUCGCCUCGACUGUUACACUGGUGGGUGACUCAAACGUGGCUCCCUUCAAAUUCUGUCAUAGAGAAAAACCCAGCAUUCUUCAACAAAAGAGAUAUUGAAAUUUUAGAGAGAAUUCCUGGGUUUCCAAUGCUUACUAAGGAAAAGCUGAGGGACCAAGAUGUUUUUGACACUCUAAGGGGUGAUUGGAUGAUUGCCUUUGGAAAGUGGGAAUUUGAUCCAAUGAAGCUUAGUAAUCCAUUCCCUGACAAAAACAGAAGUCCAGUUCACAUUUGGCAAGGCUAUGAAGACAAAGUAGUUCCUUCUCAAAUUCAAAAAUUCAUUUCAGAAAAGCUACCAUGGACACAAUAUCAUGAAGUUAUAGAUGGUGGCCAUUUGAUUGUACAUUAUAGUGGCUUAGGUGAGGCAAUUUUGAAGGCACUUUUACUUGGAGAAGAAGAUAUUUCAUAUAAACCUAGAUCAUCAUAUCUGCAUCUUGAUUUGUAAUGAUAUAUGGUUAUAAUCCAAUAUGUUUAUUGUUGGUUUAUUUUUUAGGAGAAUGUUAGACAUCUGUAAAUCACAUUUAUUGGUUGAAAAGAGGAAAAUAACAUAUCACAA